AUGGGCGGUACCAUAUCCUGGCUGUUUGGAGGCGGCGAAGUCGGGCCCAAUCCGACAAUGCAGGCCAUCGAAGAACAACAUAGAAGAGAGGAGGCCGAGAGAUGGGAGCAGGCCGAAAGACUGAGGUGGGAACAAGAGGAAGUGCAGAGGGCUGCCAAAAUCGCCGAGCAACAGAGAUGGGAGCAGGACGAAAGACUGAGGAGGGAGCAAGAAGAAGCGACCGCUUCUGCUAUGGCGUCCACCAAAAAAGAAAACAAAAAAAAGAAAAGAAAAAAAAGAAGAGAGGCGCAGAGAGCGGCCAAAAUUGUGGAGCAGCAGAGGCAGGAACAGGCCGAGAGAAUCAGAGUCCAGCAGGAGGAGGUCCAGAGGGCGGCUCAGAUAGCAGCGCAGCUCGAGAGGGAGAUGCAAGAGCAAGCCGAAAUUGCCAGACGAGAACACGAGGCUGCUCAGAGGGCUGCUCAGGCCGCUAACGAGUUGCAAGAGCAGGUGCGCAAGAAGGAAGCGGAGAUGAAGAAAGCGAUGGAGGUCCAGGAGGUGAUGGAGGCGAAGUGGAAGACAGGUAUUCGUCCAGUCGAAUGGCCUUCCAAGGAGAAAUACGAGGCGACGAAGCGUCGUUUUUACAAGGAGGGCAAAUUUCAUCUCGCCAUCACUGGAAUUUCGGGAACGGGAAAAUCGUCUCUCAUCAAUGCCUUUCGAGGCAUUUGGGAUGAUGAUGAAGGUGCUGCUAUGACCGAUAUCAUCGAAAGCACGUCGGCGGUUACUCCCUACCCUGAUCCGAAUCCCGCCCACCCAUUCAUCUGGUUCGAUGUCCCGGGAUCAGGAACGCUUGCGUGUUCUGACUGGACCUACUUCAACGACCACGGUCUCUACAUUUUCGACGCAAUCAUUGUCCUCUUCAACGACCGCUUCACUGCCAUGGAUGUCGCUAUUCUCAGGAACUGCGAGCGGUACAAUAUCCCGACGUAUAUCGUUCGCUCCAAAUCUGACGUCCACAUUGACAAUAUCAUCAAGAAGAAAAGACGGGAAGCUGGCGCGAAGAAUGACCCUGCCGAGAUUCUUGACGAGGCACGCAAGGAGUACAUCGUGAGGACCCAAGAGAGCGUCAGGUCGAAUCUGAUGAGGAGCGAUCCUCCUAUCCGGUCGCAGAAGAUGUAUGCAGUCUCUCGGGAUACGUUGACGACCAUUGUCCGAGAGGAGCCGCUGGAGGAUAUGCCCGUGCUGAAUGAGGUAGAGCUGCUGAGAGAUAUCCUCCAGGACGCGCAUUCACGACGAGUGGCAGACAAGUCUUAUGGUUCAAUGUCGGAUCUUAUGAAAAAAGCCGGUCUUUUUUUCCCUUUAGAUGCACGGAAAUUCAUUGUCUCCGCUGUCGCUAACAACCAACCUAUUCAAAGCCCUACACUUCAGCGUAUCUCUCAACAGAAUAGACAUAGGAACCCCAGAAAGCGUCUCAGGGGCAGCAACAGCUCAUGGCCUAUCCGAAGUCUGCAUCUCGCCAUUCUCCAUGGUCUCCAGAACAGCUAUGAAACGUUUUCUGACGGUGUCUGUCACCUGUAUAAUAACCGUGACCGAGUAGAGUAUCCUAGAAGACAAGGCGAAGGCAUCGCAACGUUCGCGCAGGCUCUUUUUACUUCCUUUCAGUUUGGCUUCCAAGUUUCCCAUCCCAUCCGACGUGCUAAGGUAAAGAAUUUGCGACAACCGUCGCAUUUGCCCUUGCCCUUCACCCAACCCUUGCUGCUACCGCAUUCGUGUCCUGACCAUCGCUUGAAUCAUCACCGGGGUUCCACUUACUUCAUUUGUGCCACCUCCGUUGAAAGCUAUCAUCAAACCAUGGGUGGCGCAGUUUCUGCCGUCGUACGCACUGCUGCUUUGGUGAUCCCUCCCAUCGUAAGCGCUGCUGCUAUCGCGAUCCCUGCCAUUAUUAGCGCAAUCAGGGACAGCAGAGUUGAAGACAACCCAACAAUGAGGGCUAUCGAAGAACAGCACAAGAGAGAGGAGGCGGAGAGAGCAAAAGCUCAACGGCGCCUCGAGCAAAUCGAACGAGAGAGACAGGAGCAAGCCGAAAGACUGAGGCGGGCACAAGAAGAAGCGCAGAGGGCCGCCGAAAUCGCCGAGCAACAGAGAUGGGAGCAGGACGAAAGACUGAGGAGGGAGCAAGAAGCAGCACAGAGAGCGGCCCAAAUAGCUGAGCAGCAAAGGCAGGAGCAGGCCGAGAGAAUCAGGAUCCAGCAGGAAGAGGUUCAAUGGGCGGCUCAUACAGCAGCGCAGCUCGAGAGGGAGAAGGAAGAGCAAGCCGAAAUUGCCAGACGAGAACACGAGGCUGCUCAGAGGGCUGCUCAGGCCGCUAACGAGUUGCAAGAGCAGGUGCGCAAGAAGGAAGAGGAGAUGAAGAAAGCGAUGGAGGUCCAGAAGGCGAUGGAGGCAAAGUGGAAGACAGGUAUUCGUCCAGUCGAAUGGCCUUCCAAGGAGAAAUACGAGGCGACGAAACGUCGUUUUUACAAGGAGGGCAAGUUUCAUCUCGCGAUCGCCGGAAUUUCGGGGACGGGAAAAUCGUCUCUCAUCAAUGCCUUUCGAGGCAUUUGGGAUGGUGAACAAGGCGCCGCUAUGACCGAUAUCGUCGAAAGCACGUCGGUUGUCACUCCCUACCCUGAUCCGAAUCCUGCCAACCCUUUUAUUUGGUUCGACGUGCCAGGGUCGGGAACGCUCUCAUGCUCUGAUUGGACCUACUUCAAUGACCAGGGCCUUUACAUUUUCGACGCAAUCAUUGUUCUCUUCAACGACCGCUUCACUGCCACAGAUAUCGCUAUUCUGAAGAACUGCGAACGAUACAAUAUCCCGACGUAUAUCGUUCGUUCUAAAUCUGAUAUUCACAUUGAUAAUCUCAUGAAGAAGAAAAGGCGGGGAGCUGGCGCGAAGAAAGACCCUGCCAAGAUUUUUGACGAGGCGCGCAAGGAGUAUAUCGUGAGGACGCAGGAGAACGUCAGGUUGAAUUUGAUGAAGAACGAUCCUCCUAUCCGUUCGCAGCGCAUGUACGCUGUCUCCCGGGAUACAUUGACGAUGGUUGUGCGAGAGGAGCUGCUCGAAGAUAUGCUUGUGUUGAACGAGUACGAGCUUCUGAGAGACAUCCUUCAAGAUGCAUACUCGCGAAGAUCUGAAAAAUCUUACGGUUCGAUGUCGGAUCUGAUGAAAAAGGCUGGUAUGGACAUUUUCGGAUUCUUUGCGAACUGA